GGAGAAAUUGCGUUACCCGAUGAACAAGAAGGGUUCAACUAGUUCUACCUGAACCACCGGCGAAGUCAGUACCUGAUUGGGUUCUUAGCGGCAACUACUUAUAACCAUUGCUCUAGGUCUAAUCUUGUGUUGUUAAAAACUUUGGACUUGCUACGAUGCCGUCGUCAAGAAGCUACAGCCAACAACACGUGGUCAGCGCCGAUAAUGAUCCGUAUCGUAUGGAAUUUAGCCCAUGCGACUUGCGCACUUCCAUUAUCUUGGAUCUCCAACGUCUGCGAGAGCAGGCAGACCAAAUCGAUGCUGCAAUAAAACGUCGCGUUGUUGGUCUUACGAAGGGAGGGAGACCCGGCGACGCAGGAAAAGGAGGUGAUCACGAAAAUGAGUUACGCCCAUCCAGUUCUGCUUCUGGACAAAAAUUGAAAACUACUUUCUCGACGUAUACUUAACUUUAUUUUAGAGAUAGAGAAGGUUGGUUUUCGAAUCGGACCAGCACGAGCAGUUUCAGGCACGUACUUAUAUAGCUUAGGUGACGGGAUUGGUUUUGAUGUACUACUAGUAGUGCUCACUUGAUACAUGAGAUUGUGUGCUCGUUGUAGUAAAGCUGGCGUCUGUCAGGCUUACAUCUUCAUAUGCCAAGUCACCAGCCUCACAAGAAAAAGCCGCGCAAGAAAAGGUCCGGCUCGCUGGGCUUUUGCACCAUUAUGAGCGGGUUAGACUUUCCUUAGAAGAGGAGGCCGCGAAUUUGGAGUCCCAGCUUAGUGAUAUGGACAGAUUUCCCGGUCUUUUCGAUGGUGCUAUGGACAACGUCGAAGUAGGGUCUUCCUCAAGCUCCGGAGGGGGAAGCCGGGGCGAUGUUGUUAUGGAGGAUGUUACUCCAGAGCGGCGCCCUGGACGAAUGGAUGUUCUUGAAACAGAUCAUCUUACUGGACCUGCUGGUGGAAGCGCACCAAUCAGCCAUACAAGUUGUACAGCACGCGCCAGCGCUUCAUCACAGCUGCAUCACCAGCAAUACUCGUCUUCUGCGGCAGCAGCGUCAAACCAUCAAGGGGAGCUCUGCCAGCGUGUGCCCCAGAAGCAGUUUGCGCUGGUACCUCCACCACAAGCCACGAAGCCGGGGGCUACAACUUUUUCUGGCGGGCGUCGUGGGAACAACAUCUACCAGCGGAGUCCAGUUUCAUCUGCGGUAAAUCCCUGUAGUAAAGCAUCUAGUGGAAACUCCAAGGUGGCAUCAAAUGGAAGUGGAUCAGCUUCAGCCACAUUGUUAUCAUAUCAGCAGGGACCCGGACCCGCAGGCGGAGCACCGUUAGUGGGUUCAGGUGCUUGCUCAUCGGGUGGAAAGAAUUUUUCGCUACAUCAACAAGGAUCGACCUCUGGAGGAGCUUCUGCAGCAGCGGGUGGCUUCGGAACGACUCCAGCACUUGGCAGCACCAGUAGCAUCGGCUCAAAUUCAUCAAUUCGAGGCAACGUUCCACCACCACCAGGGCACUCGUCUUCGAUGAGCUCGACGUCCAGCAGCAGACCUCCCUCUUUGCACGUGCUAACCUCCUCGACCACCAACUUCCACCACGGUCUUGCUGGGUUUUUAGGAGGUGGCCAAGCAGGGGGAGCAGGAGGAGGUGUCAACAGCGGCACUAGCAAUGCUGGUGGUGGUAGCUCAGGAAUUUCAGCUACGAACAGCGCUGCUUCCCUGCACCAGGUGGUAUCGUCUCGUAACCACGCGAGUCAUUCGUCAUCCAGUAUGGUAUCCUCAGGAUCAGGGGGAACCAAUCUACAGUCGACUCCGUCGCUGCACAACAUGGGGGGCAGUUUAGGAAGCGGCUCCAAUCAGCAAAUGAAUCUUGGAGGACUACAGCAAUUGGGAAAUGGUGGAAGCAACAGUCGUAUGAAUAGCUCCGCGUCACUCGCGUUGAGCACCAGCACAAGUGUGCGAAAUAGCUUGACCGGGCCGAUGGGCGCGACUGACCUACUACACCACACUUCGAGUACAUCCUCGACAGGCGCGGGAAGCGCAUUCAGCCAGGGAGGCUAUAGUGCAACAGGCGGUGGAACAUCGAAUUUUGGAUCUUCGAAUUCACUUGGAAAAAUGUCGGCAUCAUCUGGCUCACAUGGUGGCCUCUCGCAGCCUCCAGCUUUGCUGGGCUCGAAUAAUAGCGAUGUUGGAGCUUCUUCGAGCUAUAGUACAACUAGUCAUGCUCAUGCUGGAGUUGGAGGUGCAGCGGAAGGACUAGGAAGUGGUGGUUUUGAUCAUCUCGCUUUGUCCGUUACGGCAAACGGCGGGCACCACCACACUCUCCUGCCACAGCGGGCGACAGAUAGUGUGAGUGCUAUUGCGUCAGCCGAACCGCUGACUUUGGGUUCUGCGCGGCGUGGCCCUUUAUCAUCCAUGCCAGCGCCAUCUUCAUCCAACAAUCAGCCGAACUUCCAGACUCUAGGAUCUACUCAGAGUCCCUCCACAACUCUGUUGCAGCAGAUAGGCUCUAGCUCGGCUCCUGCCAACAAACGGCCCUUCGGAGUGAGUGUGAAUCUUCCUCGAUCGGCCGGUGCCGCUGGUCAUGAUGUUGGGUGCAAUGCCGCAGAUGGCUUUUCAACAGCGUUGAAUAACAACAAGCGACGAGGAGGCCCGAAUCAAAAAGAUGCCGACGCUUCGGGAGUCGGCGCCGGGAGCCUUGGCACAAAUCUGGUACAAGGUUGUUUGUGCAGUAACCUCUAGCCCUAGCUGCAGUACAAUAUAUCAUGAAGGUGAAAAGUUGAUCCUUCAUGAGAUAAAUCUCUUCAAGGAUUGGCAUCAAGGAGAAUCAGAAACUUUUCUACUCCCUCUUCUUCACAUUGUUCUUCUUUCAGUCUCGAUGCUCCGAGUCAUCCGAUUUCUCUAAGAAGGCGUCCACAACAACGACCUUCCGAUCUCCUUCUCCGAAGCAGCUUCUGCCUCAUUUUUCCGCUCGCGGAACGCCAUCCUCCGCUCUUCACAAUUCUCCACUUUCGAAAUUUACGAAGAGGUAUUUGAAAGUCAUAACAUACUAAAUAUAUAUAAGUGUACCAUUGGAAGACACCUAGGUGAACUGCUCUUCUCGAAGCACAGAGAUAUGUAACGUUUACGAGCAAUACGCGCAGAUAGGUACAAGAGCAGUACAGAGCAGCAGCAAGGGCAACAAGGAGGCAGUUUUAAUCCAUACAGUAGUCUGCAGCACCAGUUUUCUCAACGAAGUCUGGCUGGAUCAAGUCAGGCUCCGGCGUCAGCCCGAUUUUCUGCAAACUACGGCAGCGGUGCGCCAUCUGUGGCCUCGAGCAGCAGAAAUUCUGUCAAUUUGAGGCGCUCCAUUUCACCCCUGCAUCAAAUGCAAACGAUAUCGAGCCAAAUUAACUUCUCUCGCGGAGGAUUUACGAGCACUAUUAACAUAAAGAUUGAGUAGCUCAGAGAUACCCAGGCAUCUCGGCAUCAUCAUAGAUUCGAAAUGAGAGUAUUUAAUGUGUGAAAUAGUUUUGUGCAACAGGAUAGACAACCUUGGAUGCACCAGCAUGAGAACAGUUAAACAAGGUAACUGAUAUUCUUAUUCAAGCCAGCGCCUGCUUUCAUUUUUUUGCUAUCCGCAAGACCGCACUAUGAAGUCUCGUCAGCAGCUGAGGAUCCCUACACGUAUGGAUCCUCUGGAUCUAGCACGGCCGGUCCCGCCGCCAACGCUGGGCCGAGUAAUUCGGGAAUGGGCAAGUAUUUUUCGUUGAUGUUUGUAGCACUCGUAUGUAGAACUGUUUAGCCAUAGCCUUGGUUUUGUGAAAUCUAUCGGCUACAACGAUCUACCAAAUAUAGCAUCUUCUGUAUGUGUAUCAACUCUCAAUAAGUUCAACAUCCUCAUCAAGCACAACAAUUUUUUAGAAGUCAUACUACGUUGACUUGGGACCUUGUCUUCGACUCCAUCUUUAGGGCGCAGCCAUUGAGCAGUGGUGUAUCACGACGACAGACGCCGCGGCUUUUUCAGGACAAUUUGGUAUUUUGAGUUUUGUCGCGUUCAAGUAAACAUUAGUAAGAUCAAGAUUUAUCGUUGUCGUUUUAGUAAUGACGAAUCUUGAAGUUGACAUCUUGAUGUUCCUUCACUUCCUACGCGUACGCAGCACUCCAGUCCGCAGAUGAUCCAACAUAUUAGCCCGCGUGACCGCCGCAUGAUUUCACCCGGCCAGGAACGUCAUGAACGUUCCCCAUUUGGCACGGGUCUGCAUAUCUUAG